UACUUUCGUAUAGGCAAAUGAGUACGUUGGCAGAGCCAAAAGAUAAUACGGAUAUUUUUCCACCAAAAGGAAAUCUUCAAAAUUCAACUUACAGACGAUUAGGUUCACUAAACGAACCUAUAGGUGUAUCUGAAACUCGCGCUAUGUUAUCUCAAAUAAAUUUCAAAGAUUUAUACAAAUCGAUGCAGCCACAUAGAAGUUAUCUUAAGAUGUUAUCUCUUGCAAGGACCAAGAAACUUGUAACUUUGAAUAAAAGGGGAGAAUAUGAGAAAGAUCUUAAAUUAGAGGAUAUAAUCUAUAAUCCUGAAAAUAUGAGCUGCAUAAAUUAUCGAACCACGACAGAGAUUGAAUAUCGAGCACCAUAUCCAAUGAAAUCUAGGCCAUUGCCUCAAACACCUCCUCCAAAACCAUGGCUACUAAAUCGACGAACUGUCGGUCAUACUCUCGAAGACCUAGAGAAGCACGAUGGUGUCAUUACAUUCUUAGAUGACAAUAUAGAAUUUCGUAAUUGCAUAGCUGGUCCAAAGAAAUAACAAGAAAGAAAAUGAGAGAUAUUAUUUAGAGCUCAGAGAAUUCGAUCUUCGACUCUUUAAAUGGAUACCAUUCAUGUUGAAUUUUCAAAAAUCAUAAUAUUAGAAAAUAUCAAGAUCAAAUAUCAAGAUGUCAUGAAUAAAUAAAUAAAAGUUCAUAGAGCAUUAUGAUAUAUAAAAUGAACAAAUUAAAAUGUAUGAUUGAUUGAUAAUAAAAACAAAAAUUUAUUGAUUUAUAUACAAUUGUUCAUUGAAAAAUAUAUCUACAAGAUAGCCUUUUUGGAUAAAACUUGUUAUAGCAUUAAUGUAAAGAAUAAUACAUCCAAAUUCAAUUUAAGAUGAUAGGACUCAUAUGCAAAAGAUUGUA